CCAUCAUCAUCAUCACAAUUUUCAAUCAUCAUCAGUGUCAUCAUUGUCAUCGUGGUCGUCGUCACGUCGCGUCGUGUCACGCGAGAUAAAUGCGCUUCGGUCUUAUCUCUUCACAUGCCUCCAACCACCCCUCGCUUCCUCCAUCCUCGUCUUCCCAAUAUGUACGCGUUCACUUCCGGCGCCAACGUCCAUCGCAAGAGGUGAGUCUCUCACGCUCUUUCUUUAUUUCUCUUUUGCUCUCUCCCUCUCUCUCUCUUUUUCUCUCUCGCUCUUUCUGUUCAUCUCGUAGUGUCCUCCUCUUGAUCGUGCGUUCUCCACGCUAUUUCUCGCCGGGUCUCGUGCGCUCUGUGUGCCGGCCGGCUCGGUUUAUUCGUUCCUCACCAGCUCACCACCAACGCCAUCUUGUUGGUAGCGUCAAUUGUCGUGCGUGAUCCACACCGAGGCGACACCUCUCGCGUACGCCAUGCACUCGAUCUGCUCCCCUUUCUUCUCUUCCUCCUCAUCUUCCUUCUCCUUCAUCCUUCCUGUGCGUGUUAACACGCGAAUUUCAUCUCUCACUACCUCUCACUUUUCUGUCAGUUUUACCAUCACAACAUUAAUUCCUCCACUUGUAAAAUUUUAAAAGAGAGAGAGAGGGAGGGGUCCUUUGUUCAAAGUAAACGCCCUUUGUCGACGCUUCUUUAUUUCAUUUUCUUUUCAGCUUUCAAGGUCCGUUUCGAAUCUUUAUCUCUUGUCUCAUUUUUUUACUUCGUCUCACUUAGGUAGAAAAGCACAUCCCCUCCGUCCUCCGCUUUUGUACUUGCCACCGAGGAUCGUCCGAAGGGCUCUGUAGCAUUUAGACAUGAUUGGCUCGGCUGUAACCACGGUUUCAUCAAGUUCCCUCGGUGACUGGUGGUUACACACGGGCGGACUCGCGGCUCAGUCAGAUCAAGGUCUUCGUCAGGAACGAAUCGAGCUUGCAGAGGAGAAAUCGUAUCCGGGGACGGACGAAUUGGCGGCGGUCGCUUAUCAUUCGCCGUUCAUCAUCAAUUAGUCCCGCGCGAAUCUCGGGGGGAUUGUUUGUUUCUCAUCCACCGCCGUUCGCCAUCACACGCCCUUCCGUUCUUCACGCUCGCGAUUACGUUUUAUAUGUGCGUGAGCGCGUGUGCGUCACCACAUCGGAUUCAAUCGUCGCCCUGUCCUUCCGCGCGCCUCCUGACCGUUCUCGACGAUAAGAGGGAGAUCGCGCUGUCGGGAUGCCGCAGUGCGCAGUGGCCACGUGUCGCAAUAGCCAUCGCCGGACUCGCAAGCAGUCGGUGCGCUACCACCGUUUCCCGCACAAUGAGGAAUUGCGCGAGUUAUGGGUGCGUGCUUGCGGUCGUGCUCCCUUGGCGAAUGGAGAGCCGCCAUUCAAUAUCAAGACGGCGCGUAUCUGCUCACGCCACUUCCUGGAGGAGUUCUACGAGGACGAAAGCAGGGAGCAGAUCUUGCAGGGCAAUCAGAAGAGGAAUCGGCUGCGCUUGGGCGCGGUGCCCACGAUAGACGUGCCGGUACUCGUGGAGCCUUGCUUUAAAUUACUUCAGGAAACUGAAAGGAAGCGCACGCGUGCUAAAAUGGCGAACAUGCUUAUGGCGGCUGUUCCUGCCGAUCGAGUGGAUACUCGACAAUCCGUUUGUAAAAGGCUUCACGAAGACGAAGGUGGCGAAGAUGAUGAAAAUAACGACGCUAAAACAGUUUUGUCUAUUAUCAAAGAACAUGCUGAACGGAAGAAUCAGAGGAAAUGUUCGAAAUUGGAUAAAAAAGAAUGUUUUCUAAUGGCGGUUGGUCUCGUCCACGUAAGCACUAUGUGCUUGAACAAGAUGCACGCGAUGGAGGGUGCAGCCGAGAGCAGGCGAAAGGUGGACACCGCGGAGGACGACAAGACAUCGAGAUCGUCGCCGUCGCCGAAAGUACCCCAGAGCCAGCAGAACGGCGCCGCCCUUCCGGAGGAAACCGCGGCGGCGCCGGCGGCGUCGGUGGGCCGCGGACGCCCUAAGAAGAAGGACGAGUCGCGCUGCGACACCGAGACACCGAACGACACGAAAGACAAGCAGUUGCUUGCGAGCACGUCGCGGCAGAGUACGACGACUCCGAGUGACAUUGUGCAGCCGCGUCACGUUAAAGCGGCGUCCGAGCCCGUCGAGAUCAGAAAACGAAAGUCCACUAACGGACAGCUGAUCUCCCUCGGGAAUCCCAGGAAGAAGUUUCGCGACAACUCCUCGCGAGAGGAGUACAUUUCGAGGAUCGUGGGCGACAGCGAAAGCAUCGCUGACCUCGUGGCAAAGGCCGAUCGACUGCGAGCCGAUAUUUUGGCUCUUCAAAAUUUAGCACAUGACAAAGAAAUGGAAUGGAACGAGAUCUUGCGGAAGAGGAAGCUCAAGGAGGAGGCAUACAUGAGGAUCGAAAGGAAGAUACAAACAACAUUCUACAUGGAAAACGAUAGUCAAUUGUCGGAGACUUUGCCGGCCACUAGGUCGUUUUUGGGCUCGGCCGAAUGGGAGAACAUCGCCAACACCACUUCGAUAUCGAAGGAGAGAUCUUUCGGAUGUAAGGAGGAUCUAGGGGAGAGAUCUUCAGACUCAUCGGGCUCGAAGAAAGAGAAAACCAGGAGAGUUAGCUCGCAACAACGGGCGACUCCUCCGAAAACCAAUGGCGAAAGCAAUCGUAAACAGAAUGACGCGUUGAGCCCGGAAAGUCGGCAGAUCGGAGAAGGUCGUCAAGGUGCGAUAGUGGAUGUCAGAUCUAUUAUCGCCGACCAUAGACUCAAGCAUCCGGAAACCGUACCAAGAAGAGGUCGAAGAAUGAGGAAUUCAAAUGUGAAUAUCAACCUCGGUGCUGGCGGCGCCAUGGUCGAAACUGGGCACAAUGCCGAUUCGAGACCGUCUAGCACAGAAUCGUGCAAGAGCAAUCCAAGCGCGAGCGAUUCCAUGAACUACAAAGACAUGCUAGUGCAAUUUGCUAAGAUAAGUCAGCAAGGUGAAUCGAUCAAGGUCCCGCAGAAUUAUCCAGACGUGACGCUUCAUCCUGUGACACCUUCGUCUGCCCAGAAUACGUCUCAGCCGACCAGCUCAUUGCUCCACGGAAUUCUAACAAAAGCGCAAACACCGAGAUCCACGACUUUUUCACCUACUUUAGCGAGAUUACUCACCGCGCCUGAAAGAGAAAGGAGUUCUCCGGCAGCCGCAGCAGCGGCGGCAGCGGCGGCGGCGGCGUCAGCGUCUAUGUCGCAGCAAAGCGCCUCGACCCAGCACCUUUUGCAGGCAUACCAAGGCUCUAAUCUGGUUUCUAUAAAUGAUCUCCUAUCUUCUUCCAAGGCUCGCACAGAGAUAACUAUAACCCCUGUUGUUAACACUCCCGCGCAAUCUCACUCCAACGAUUUAAUUCAAGUGGAGGAUGUAGAGGAAGAAACAACGGUAAUUGAUGAUAGGAAAGGGAACUCGAUGGUCGGAAGAGAAGGUAAACAAGUAGUAAAGGACAAUCCACCUUCACCAAGCGCCCCGCCGAAAUGUCAGGGAUGCAUAAUUCGACCUGCACAAUUCGUUUGCGCCGGAUGCGGAAAUCAGUGGUACUGUAGUCGUUCAUGUCAGGUACAUGUCAUGUCAAGUGCACACUUGCUGCGUGGACAACACACUCCGAUCACUGUCCGCCGGAGCCCGAGAAUAACAAAACCAAGACCAACGUUUAACGCCCGAGAUCCCUGCACGCCCGGUGUGUACAAUGGCAUCAGGCGAGAGAUAUCAGCAUAACUGAGUACGAAUCUAGUCAAGGAAGGAGGUUCAAGGGUGUAAUUCAGAUGGAGCGACAAAUGAGAUGCGGAGAGAAUCGAAGAGGGAUUACCGCGCGCGCGCGUGUAUGUGUGUGUGUGUGUGUGUGUCUGUGUCGUAUUGAUAUAGUAUCAGGAAGAUUCUUGUCGAAGCAAAUGGAUGAUAUUGUCCUAUUUAUCACAAGCAUUUACUGAUCUCCCAUCUCGAAGGAGAUUCCACGCUACCACGUCCUGCUCUUUGCAGAACGAAUUCGUGAAAUUUCUUGCACUUUACUCGAGCUUUAGAUGAAGAAAAAUUGUCUUCUUUCGAUGACGAAAAUUAACAGGAUAUUCGAUGCCAUUGGGUUAAUGAGCCUCGUGUGUUAUGUAUGUAUAAUUCUUUUUCUUUUAGACUUUACUACAUACACUAGUCGAAAGUUUUCGAGUGCUCGAAAAACGAGCAGGAAAGGGAAUAAGUAAUUUCCAAGGCGCUUUUUGUGGAAGUGGAGCACAAUACUAAGUAACGCGAUGCUGUAUAUAAUUUUAUACAAUUUAAGAGAGUUGGUCAUACAGCGUCGGAUUUUAGAACGUCGAUUAAUCGCGUGCCAUGCGUAAGAUCGGGGGUGGAUUGAGACCAUCAGUUUCGAAAGAGAUAUCGAAAGGUAUUUACUUUUUUUACUUUUUAUUAGAGAAUAUUUCAACGACAAAUUGUAGAUAUUUUAAAUUUAAGGAAUUCGAGCGAUGUAAAAUUAAAAUUUGUCAUAGUAAAUAUAAUAAAUAAAGCAAAUUUAUUCUAAGAUUUCUUUGUUAUUAGAACAAAUUUCAUUAACAUGGUGUGAUUUGUUAUAAUGACAAGAUUAUUUUGUUACAAUAACAAGAUUACCUUGUUAUUAUAACAAAAUCACUGUUGACAGUUCUCACAUAAAAUUGGUUUGUCAUUUACUAUGACAAGUUUUAUAUUACUGGACAUUAUUGUUUGCAAAUGAUUAAUGUCCAAUUAUUUCAAGUUAUGUAUGCGUAUCCAUAUAGAUAUUUUCCGCUUGCUCAAUCCGCCCUCAUAUAUAAGAUUCGUUUUCCAUAAUUGACCUUAAUGCUCAAGUUAGACAAAUAACUUGAGUAUCUUUUUUAUAUCCAAUCACGGAUUAUUAUUCUGGUUUCUUUUUCUUUCAUUGUUUUUUACAUUGUAAGUACAAGAAAUCCCUGGACAGAGCAUUUAACCAAGAAACAAAAAACAAAUAUUAAAUUGGUACUCCUUGUUAAAUAUCCAAUACAUAUAUUUGCAUAUUA